ACAAGUUCUAGUCGAAGACCGGGCCGAUCUGGCCGCUUCUCAAAAAAAUCGGCAGUAGUAUCAAGCGCUAUCCAGUCUUGCCUAGCGCCAUACACACUACAAUGACCGCCGGGUCUAGAAUCGUCACUGAUAAUCGUGGCUAUAUCUCUUAUCCUAGGCCUAUCGUUCACAGGAGAGCAUCCGGCCGGCCAGCUUCUCUCAGGUCCUCUACCGCAGCAACCCUUAUGGAUCCACACUGUAGUACUUCCGAGAUGGUCACGGUAUCGAUUUAUGAGAUAGUACUACUUGGGUUCAAACAAUCAGCUUAGUAGGCUGGUCACUCGGGCCGCCUAGCAUUGAAGAUGAUCUUAUUUGAUCUCGUUGUGAAUGUGCUGGCAUUGUCUUGCAGGUCCCAUCUUGUGUCGGGCAAGGUUCUAAAAUAUGGCACGCCCGGGUCGGUUGGGAUGAUAUCCUGGUCGUUUGUUCAACUUGAGAAAAAGAUAUCGGCACAUCUGAUCCCAGAAAACUACUCUUCUGCUACGUACAAUGAGAUACAUCCCGUAUAUCCCGGAGCGACCGUGAUGAUCGGGUAUCAGAGCACAAUCGUGUCCCAUUUUGCAGUCGGCGAAGUUAUCAGGUAUGCUAAUGAGAACGGUUCUGAGCUGGAGAAUCUGGAGAAGAUAUCUGCAAAAUUGGGUACCAUCUACGAUUUGGUAGCUUCGCUCUCCAAACUCUUCACAACUAUACUGGCGUUGCAGCAGCUGGAGCGUGGUGCUAUUGGCCUUGACUGCACGGUUUCAACAUAUAUUCCCAAUUUGCUGGCUAGCGGACAAGACGUCACCAUUCUACAACUCCUUACGCACACAGCGGGAUUUGAUGCCGAUCCUGCUCCUCCUUUAUGGACUGGGUAUGCAAGCUACAAUGCACGCCGGCAAGCGAUAAUCACGCAAGGCCUCAUGACGAUGCAAAUUGUUUUAGAGAUUGUGACUGGACUGACGUUUGGCACACUUCUGGAGCGAGAUUUCACUGGUCCUUUAAGAAUAUCCGACAUUUUCUUCAAUCCGGGGAAUCUCGCCCUUGACACUUCUAGGAUAGCCGCAACAGAGUUUCAGGCUGCUCCCGUUUGGGGAACAGUACAUGACGAGAAUGCUUGGAGCCUUGACGGAGUCUUCUCCACCGCAAAGGAUAUGGGCUUUUUCUGUGUCAGGAUACUGAAGCCACAAAGCGUGGAUAAAAUCUUCACGGACUACAACACAGCUUUCCCAGUGCAUGAACAUGGACUGACGGCGAGGCACAUGGGGUUUACGGGGACGAGCAUGGUGAUUAAUCGUCCGUCGAAUACAUCCAUGAUAUUGUUGACUAACAGGGUGCAUCCAAGCAGAAACUGGUCAUCCCCGAAUAUUGCGCGACAAAUGGUAGGGUAUUGGGUGAGAAAAGCUCUGGGUUUCAACGAAUAACAGUAGACUUCGUGGAAUGACAUGCUCUUCUUUCCUUACCCACGAACCCAAGAAAUUUGAAUGGCUUCAUAGCGUCCGAUUUAUCACCAUGAUACACAUUGCGCGAUUUGAGGACACUCAUCUUGGAACAAGUGCCUGGCGGCGUGG